AUGGAGGUCUCAGCAUUUUCUGCAACUACUGGACGGUAUUCCUGUUCUUCUUCAGAUUUGGGAUUGUUAAAAAAUGAGAAGCAUACCAUUUGGCGACAUAACUGGGUGGCCAUUCCUCGGAAUAAAAGAAUUGGACAACCUUUACAGGGUCAAAUUGGAUUUCUGACUCCAAAAAAGAAAAGCUUGAAGGUUCUCUCAAGUCAACAACAGAAAGAAGUUCCUGUUGUAGAAUCCAGGCGUAUUGAUGAGAUAUAUGAUGCUUUAACUGAACGCCUUCUUCCUAAAGCAGCAAUGGCAUCAAACUCUAAUCUAAAGUAUAUCGUGGGUUUAGUUGGUCCACCUGGUGCUGGGAAGUCCACUCUUUCAUCUGAAGUAAUUCGCCAAGUAAAUAAGCAGUGGUCCCAGAAGGCACCAUCAAUGGCUUCUGAGGUUCAGCCUAUUGCUACUGUUCUUCCCAUGGAUGGUUUCCAUCUUUACCGUCACCAACUUGAUGCAAUGGAGAAUCCAGAGGAAGCUUAUGCAAGAAGGGGAGCUCCAUGGACUUUUGAUCCUGCACGACUGCUGAAAUGCCUCAAGGAUCUUAGGAAUCAGGGAUCAGUUUAUGCUCCAUCAUUCGACCAUGGUGUUGGAGAUCCAGUGGAAGACGAUAUUUUUGUGAACCCUCAGCACAAAGUAGUAAUAGUGGAAGGAAAUUACUUGUUCCAUGAAGAAGGCAUCUGGAAGGAGAUUUCUUCUAUAUUUGAUGAGAAAUGGUUUGUUGAAAUUGAUAUUGAAACAUCGAUGCGACGAGUCCUAAAGAGGCAUAUUUCAACUGGAAAACCUCCUCAUGUGGCUCAAUGGAGGAUUGAUUACAAUGACCGGCCAAAUGCAGAGCUCGUCAAUAACUCGAAGAAACAUGCAGACCUAGUAAUCAAGUCAGUAGACUUCCAGAGCUGAUUCCGGGUUCGUAAUUGAAGGGGGGAAAAAGAGGAGGAAAGCAUAGCCAGUAAAGUAUAAUCUGAUUCAUUGUGGGCUUGGGUACAUAUUCCUCCACCAAAAGGGGAAAAUUAAG